CUCAAGCAUUUGGACAGUUAGCCGGAAGUAGUGUUGUAUACUCACGUGUGAAACAUGAAAAACUCUAAAAAACACAACAAUGCGUCCAAAAAGGGCAAAUUUAAGUCCGGAUCCAAGAAGAGAGAAAACAAAUGCAUCGUGAUGUUUGACGACAAAGACAGACAGGAAUAUUUAACUGGUUUCCAUAAAAGAAAGGUGGAGCGGAGGAAAGCAGCAGUGGCUGAAAUUCGAAAGAAAAUCAAAGAGGAGCAGAUCAGAGUCAGAGAAGAAAGACAUAAAGAAUACAUUAAGAUGCUGAAAGAGAGGACAGAAGCCCUCGAGGAGGCUGAAGAUGACCUGGAGGACAGGAUAACCAGCACAACAGAGUCUGUGCAGUAUGAUCAUCCCAACCACACGGUCACUGUGACCACCAUCAGUGAUCUGGACCUCUCAGGGGCUUACCUGCUCGGACCUGCAGGAGAUCAGGCUAACGGUGUGCAUGAUGAUGAAGAGAAGGAAGAUGAAGAGGAGGAGAAGACAAAAGCAAUGCCAAGAAAGGCUGGGACUCCAGUCAUGAACAAAAAGAUCCGCUCCCUGACGGCUCAGCUCAGCACCUACACCAGCAAGAGGAAGAGGAAAGGGAAGCAGGAAGGCGGAGGACGAGGCCGGCAGACUGACAAGAGAUCAGGAGCUGCAGAGGGUAGACACAGAUUCAGGACGACCAGCAAGUGGCAGAGACGUCGAAACUCGGGGAAAAGAGGGCAUCAUCAGGACUGAGAGAGAGACAAGAGAAAUGUGAUGAAGGGGUUGGACUGUGGAGAAACUGAACCUCUAAUGUGGUGGAUAAACCGGACUCCUCCUGUGUUUGAGCAGGAUUUGUGUGCUGAGGCGUUCGCCAAAUGAGCUUAAACUGGUGCAUACACCCUCUGUUAACAUAAUAUCACUGAAAUCUUUGGCUCAAACAUUUUUCUAGCAUAGCUUUUUUUGUCAGAUAUCGUAAACAUAUAUUGAAAAAUAGUGCUGUAUUUCCAAACAUUUUUUAAAUUAAAUAAAGGACAAAUCUUGCCAUAAAAA